AUGUGCCCGUCUCUGAAGAACUUUGGUUUACUAACCACCUUCCUGCCUCCUCCCCAGGUGUUCCAGAGGAGGUUGGACGGCUCGGUGAACUUCUACAGACCCUGGGAUCAGUACAAGACGGGCUUUGGUAACGCUGCUGGAGAGUACUGGCUCGGUUUGGAAAAUGUUUUCUACCUGACGCAGAGAAAAAGGUACGAGCUGAUGGUCAACAUGGAAGAUUUUGAUGGAAACAAAGUGUUUGCUCGUUACUCCUCGUUCUCCAUCAACGGAGAGUCUGACGGCUACAGGCUGAAUGUGUCUGGAUUCACUGAUGGAGGGGCAGGAGAUGCCCUGAAUUCUCACAAUCGACAAAAGUUCUCUACGUUUGACAGAGACCAGGACAGCUCGUCAGUGAACUGUGCAAAAACAUAUCUGGGGCCGUUCUGGUACAGCAGCUGUCACCAUGCAAAUCCUAACGGGGUUUAUCGUUGGGGGGCUGAUGGUACUAUCUUUGCUGUUGGUGUGGCCUGGCACCAGUGGAAGGGUCAUGAUUACUCUCUGAAGACCAUCAGCAUGAAGAUCCGCCCUCUGCAGUAAAUCUGCAGAACAAACAAAUCUG